AAAAAAAAGAAAAAUUUGAUGACAAAAAUUAAAAACGAAUAAGAAAAAAAAGAGCAAUUCUUUUUAUAUAAAAAAGUUAAAUGAGAAAAUGUGUGUGUGAGUGUUUUUGAGUACGUAAGAGUGUAAGUGACUUAAUGGGAAAAGUUGAGUAGAAUUUGAUAGAAAAGAAUAUACAAGAAGUAAAAACACAGAGGAAAUAUUACAAAGUGACGAACAACGUACGAUAAAAAUCAAUUGAAUAAAAUUUGGGCAAAAUUAAUUAAAGUGCAGAUUUUAAAAAAGCCAAUAAAAUAAUCAAGAAAUAAAGUGUUUUUAACAAAAUCGUUUAUUAAGUAAAUAAAGUAAACAAAAAGUGUUAAAAGUUUUAUUUGCUAAAAUGUUUAAAAAAAGAAAAAUGAUUACUACUUAACGCAAAAUAAAACGGCAACUUUAAUACAUUUUUCGCUAAAUAAUAAAAACAAAACAACAUAAUCUAGUGAAUUUUUUUUUAUGGAAAAACUUAAAAAAAAAAUAAUUAAAUUUAAUCAUCUAGAGUGUUAAAAGAAAAUUAUAAUUUUACCACAAAGAAUUUAUUUCAACAAAAAAAGAAAAAAGCUAAAGUGUUUAACAAUUUGGCCAAAAAAUAAAUAAAUAAAUAUUCUAAUAGAUAUUUUAAGUGUUUAUUUUAAAUAAAUUUUUAAAAAAUAGCUAUUUUAGUUUAAAAAAAUUAAUCAAAUUAAAAAGAAAGUUAUACUAUACCCCUCGCUGUUCUACUACAAUUGAAAAUUCUACUUUUUGAGUUAUUUUCUUGUUUUCUCCUGAGCUUUUUAAGUGAUCUACAGAAAUUUGUGUUUAGUUUUUUUAUGAAAAUUUAUUAUAAACCAUAAUUUAAUGUCAUAAAAAAAGAAAUAUUAAAUUGACAACAACAAUAAAGACAGCAGCAUAACAAAGUCAUAUUAGUUUAAAAAAAAUUUUUUCUAAAAGAAAAUUUUUUAAUAAAAUAAUACAAAGUAUAUAAAAAAAAGAAUUAAAUUCAACAAACAACACCCCCUAAAACCUCAACACAUAACAGAACCACUAAAUCAAUUUAAAAUAAUAAAAAUGUGGCUUUGAUAAAGGUUAAAACGUAGUUAAAAUAUAAAUAAUAAUAAUACAUAUAAAAUAAAAAAAAUUAGAAAAAUUUAUUUUUUAUGGUGUCAUCAUCAUCAUCAUCAUUAUUAUAAUCAUCAACAGCAACAACAACAAUAACGUCAACAUCGUCAUUAUUAUUAUUACUAUUAAAUGAAAAGUAAGCUAAAUAACAGCAAUACACAACUCUCUACUACUCAAACCACUACAACAACAACAAUUCAUCACAACAACGAUAAACCUACAACAACCAGCAAACACAGCAUCAUAUGAACAAUAAAAAUUUACCACCCGAGACAACAAGUUCGCCCAGAUCUUCUUUUAAACCCCCUCUCUUUUCAACUAGCUCAAGCCACAGCAAGCAAGUGAGGGAAACAGAGAAAGAGAGUGUGUGAUUGUCAAAAGAGAGAUCGAGAAAUCGUCAACAUUAUCAUUGGCAAAUAACGUUAAUUUACCAAAAAAUCAAAAAAAAAAAAAAAACACAACGUUAUACAAAUUUGUAUUUGUUUUUGUUGUGUUCGUUUUAAAACUUUCGUAACGUAUCGAAAUUUACGGUUAUGCAGUCGUUUCAAUUACGUUUAAGCUAUGCAGUGUCGUUAAUAAACGUUACCCCUACAAUGCGUUCAAUACAAUAUGUAUCGAAAAUAUUGUCGCGUAGUUAAACGUUAUAAAAGUAAACGUAAAGUGAACGCUCUCUUAAGCGUAGAACAUUUAUUGCAAACGUUUUCGCUUACGUUUCUGUUACGAUUUACGUCUGUUAAAUCUAUAUCGUUAUAUACGUCGCGUGCGCGAUCUUUAUCGUUAACGUUAUUAUCGUUAUUAUCGUCGUCGUCGUCCUCGUUGUCGCCGUCGCUUAUGUUAAGUUUGUUUAUUGUGUCUUCAUGAUCAUGAUGAUAGUUUUAUUUUUUGAGUGAAUAAUAAUAGUUAUUACUACAACAUCAUCAACUACAGCAACAACAACAACAACAAUAAAAAAGUGUAUGAUCUUUAGUGUGUUGAUCAAAUUCAAUUAAAUCUAAUUUAUUUUUUUUACUUAUUUUGUGUGUUUGUUUAACCUCAUCCACAAAAAAAAACAACAACAACUUGGAAAAAACAGUGAAAAAUCGAGAGCUAGAGAACGAGAUUGAUCAUACAUACAUUCAGACAACAGUCCAAAACGCCAAACAAACCAGCUCCAAGUAAAACGUUCAGUAAAUCAUAAUAAUUUUCAACUAAGAACAUUGCACAGUUCUUCGUCGUAAACAAAAAUUAAUAGUUUUUUUUUUAAUUAAAAAAAAAAAAUUAGUUAAAUUUUUAAUUAAAAACAAACUUAGAAAAAAACAACAACAAAAACUUUAAAACCUCCCAAAACAAAACCUUACUUCAUUAGUUACACAUUUCCUCUUAAAAAAAAAGAUAAAGAACAACUAGAACCUAAAAAAGUUUUAAUUUUUCAAUUUACGACCCGGGUUAGAGUUAAAGUAAAAACAACGACCCUGGAUUUGCUGCUAAAAACGUUGCGCACGCUUAAAAAUCCGAUUAUGGCCGAGAAUCAAACCGCAACAGAAGAUUCCGGUCAACAGUCAACUACACAACAACAAACGCAUCCCCAUCAACACAAUCAGCAACAGCAGCAACACUCACACAACGAUAAUUCACACACAUUAUCAACACAAAAUUCCGAAGAACUAUCGUCGGCUCUAACAUCGCCCACAACACCACCAAACGAAAAUAAUUCCGCUUCAUCACCCGAAGAGCCCCAAACAAUUGUUAUUGCCAAUCACCAUCAACAACAGCAAAACCAACAAUCACCACAACAACAGCAGCAGCAGGGCCAACAGCAGGCACGCAGCAUGAUUGAUCGCCACUUAAAUACGAAAAUUAAGUCCAUACGACGUAAUACCAUACAGUCAGCUACAGCGCCCAUUAGAGCCGCCAGCACUACGUCCAUUAAAAAGCCGACACUUACUAAAAUGAACUCGUUGACCGGCAGUACUGGUACUGCUACUGGUAAUGGCGAAAAGAAUACCACUGAUAAACAUCACUUGCAACAGCAGCAGCAACAUCACCACCAUCAUCAUCAACACAACAGUAUGACGAAUCAUCAUCAUCACCAUCAUCAGAACAAUUCUUCAUCUUCGGCCGGCACCAAUAGUAAUUCAACAGCCAUACAUCGUACCACAAGUGAAAGUCUUCGUUUGAAUGCUAUACCACCAGCUAGUGGGGGUCAUGGUGCUGCCUCUACAGGUGGUGGUGGUGGUGGUGGUGAUACUCUUUCGAAUGCCACCAGCAAUAGUAGCAUUCAUUCAAAUUUGACUAAUAACAGCUCAAGUUCAGCUUCGGUUGCACCUAAAUCGACUAGCACCAAUGCUAGCCAUAGCAAAUCUACUACGUCCAAGUCGUCAUCGGCUUCUUCAAAGGCUUCUUCGCCCAAUAACAAUAAUAGCAUUGCUUCGGCUGUAGCCGGCAGCUCUCAUGCUUCACGUAGUCAUCACAGUCAUGGUCACAUACAGGGUCAUGGUCACGGCCAUGGCCACAACACUGGUGGCGCUCGUAAGCCAAAGACUACUUCAUCAUUUCAAAUAACUUCCGUAACGGUUGGUCAUCCAAAGGCUCAAGUGGCAGCCGACAAUGGAGAAGAAGAGUCCGCCGAUGACCUCGAUGAAUCUCAUACUGAUGACAAUAGUCGCAUUACGGACUUGGAAAAUGAAACACCUUCCAUGUCGGAGGACACCUUUUCCAAAGAGGAGAUCUACUAUCAUCAAGAUGAUGCCUUAAGUAGCACCGCUCCGGUUAUACCAACCAGUUCGCAGUAUGGUCUAGUAGUGGCCACUUUGGGCGCUCAGGACAUCUCCAAUGUACAAGUAAAUGUUGGUGAUAACUUCAUUAAUGUGGUACCCAGUGGUAGUGGUAUUAAAAAGGAGGAUCUUAAAGAUUCGGCCCAACAUCGCAGUGAACGUUUUAAGGUGGUUAAAAUCGAAUCCACUGAACCGUUUCGUCGCGGCCGUUGGGUGUGUAUGGACUAUCUGGAUCACAGCAGUAGUGUAACAGGCAAAGAGGAUGCCAGUAGCGGUGGUGCAGGCAAUAACAAUGAAAAGACUGAGACAGGAGGAGGUGUAGAUAGUGGUGAACACGCUCCGAAAACCACACAAAGUAUGAUAUUGGGACCAGGCGCUGCUGCAGCUAUGGAAAAUCAUAUAGACAAUUCGGUAGCACCCACAGCAGAUGGCAAUUGGAAUUUCCAAGAAGCCAAUGUUAAUGUGGGUGGCGGUGGCAUAGCUACUGCUCCCGCCACCGUGGUGCAUGGUAUGCAGCAGUUUGUUGAAACUUCGGAAGAUCAGCAGCAGACCCAACAGUUGAUGCAACAAGAGCAGCAGUAUCAAACACCUCCGCAAGAGGUCAAUGCAAAUGCCACGCCCCAAAUGACAAUGACUGCUCAAGCUCCGCCCGAAGUGGUGCAAUCUACAGUGCCCAUGGAUUAUGCUACUGUAGCAGCACAAAAACUCAAAAAAUCAUUGGAAGAGUUAAAGAAGCAAGAAGAAGCCAUAGCAGCCUCCGAAAAGGCUGCAGCUGCGGCUAGUGGUGUCUAUAUGCCGGGGCAAUCGCAAACGGUCAAUUUUGAAGCCAUGCAGCAACAACAACAGCAGCAGGUACCCAUGCAACAGCCACAGCAGAUAGCCAUGCAACAGCAGCAUGCCCAACAUGCUGCCUCAUUACCAGGCAAUAUAAGUAUGCAAAAUGGUAACAUUUCCAUUGGUACGGAUAACAACAAUAUGGCUGGCGCUGGACAGCAACAACAAAUGAUGGUUGAGGCUCACCAGCAGACACAAAGUUUGGGUUACAGCGUAGAAGCACAGCAACAGCAGCCCAUGUCGCCGGCUCCACAGCAGAUGCAGGUACCACCUAGCUUUGUGGCCGCUAAUUUCCAAACUACACCCCAACAAACACCACCACAACAGUCACCACAAAUGCAAGAAGCCGGACAAGUUAUGCAACAACAACAAGCCCAACAACAGAUGGCUCAGCAACAGAUUCCACAGCAAAUACAACAGGCUACUAUGCAACAGCAACAACCAGCGCCAACACAAUUGCAGCAGCAAUCUUCACAAACCGAUGGAAUAACUAAUAUGCAAAAUUUGGCAGCUGUUGCUAAUAUACAGCAAAUGCAACAGCAACAACAACAGCAGUCGCAUUCACAAGUCCCACAACAACAACAACUUCCACCACAAUUCCAGCAGUUGCAACAACAGCAACAGCCUCUAGCUCCAGGACAAACUAUGCCCAUUCUUACACAAAUGACAAGUUAUGAUAUACAACAUCAGCAGCAGCAACAACAUCAAUUACAACAGCAACAAAGUGCUCCCGCAACUAUGUUGGACAAUUCAGCCUUAUUGGCCACAUUGCAACAGCAUCAACAACAACAACAGCAAACGACAACAACCAAUACAAUGGCUGGUCCUAACAAUAUUAUGAUGCAACCUACAAAUGUCAAUGCUCCUCCUCAGCAAUACCACCAGCAGCAACAACAGCAGCCACAACAACUUCAACAACAACAACCACAAUUACCUAUCGAUAGUGCUCCUCCAACAAGUGUUAGUGCCAAUAGUAGCAAUAGUACUGUUAAUUUAAAUCCCAUUACGACAGCUACAAUUAUACCAAUAACUUCUUCUAAUGCUCCAUUACCAACAAAUAUUGCUAGCAACAGCAAUAAUAACAUUAAUAAUAACAAUAAUACGACUACCAAUAUUGAUAAUCAAACAGUUUUACAACAGCAACAACAGCAGCAGCAACAAAUGCAACCACCGCAACAGCAACCAUCUACAUCAUCACAACAACUACAAGCCACGCAACAGCAAUUACAACAAAAUACGGAAACAGAGACUGAAAGCAGAAAUGUUUCCAGUCUCACUCAGGCCAUGAGCAGCAAUAAUCAAACAAACUCUACGGGUACUGGCAAUCGUAAACGGGCCUUUAGUACUCCUCACAUAACACCAGCAUUUGCCCAACAAAUGUUGGCCAGUUCAAAUGCCGGCUCUGAGUUAACACCAGUUCUACUGCUGCCCUCUUCGAUGGGCGGGAAUAAUGAGCAAAAUAUUUAUUUCUAUAAUAAAACUUCAUCGGGGCGAUCAUCGUUUUGUGUGGACGAAAGUCUGUGGCCUACAACAGGAGGUCCGUUAACGCAAUUUAUCAAUGUCAGUGAUAAUGGUAAUCCUCCUUUGCUGCAACAAUUGGGUUCGGAUUCAAAUAUUUAUACCAAUUUGGCUUUGGGCAAUGAACGUUAUAAAUUGCCGGUAGAGUUUACCACUUCUUUAAGUCCGGGUGUUAGCAUAACCACUACCACUUCUACACAACGUGAAGAUGAUGAAGAUGACGAUGAGUAUGAAGAUUUGAUUAACGAUAACGAAGCCGAUUUGGAAGAAUCUACCGAUCAGUUUUCGCCUUUAUUGUAUCCGGUAUCGCAACCUAUAGCCAUAAGUGCUGGCAAUAGUCCAGUACACAAACCCAAAAGUAAUUCGGCAGGAGGUUUGCGCAGUGGUCAAAGAAGUCCCAGUCGUGCCACAUCGCCCACAGCUGGACAUCAUCAACAGCAUCACUUAGCCUUUAGUGCUAGUCCUACCACUGGGGUCUAUCCAUUUACCCCCUUUUAUGCCGUAUCCCCCGAUGUUAAACAAACUCAAAUGGCAGCCCAACAUAAAAUAGCCCAUAGUUAUGAUCCCUCAUUUGGUUCUAACAUAAAUCGUUUACCUUUGCCACAGCAAGGACAACAACAGCAACAGCCACCCAAAAAACAAUUGCCUAGACAACCACCUUCGCCCCAGCAAAGACAUUCACAGCCCAGUAGUAGCAGCAGUCAUUUUACCAGUCCCAUACAGCCCAGACAAAAACUAUCUACCGGUUCAAUUGAAAGUGCUCCAGGAGCUAUUAUAUUUGCCACUUCACCUACUUCAUCGUUAACUAACAGUGCAUCUGGAACGAGUGCAGUUGCAAUCGAUAAUAAAAUCGAACAAGCUAUGGAUCUCGUCAAAUCCCAUUUGAUGAUAGCCGUCCGUGAGGAGGUUGAGGUUCUUAAAGAGAAAAUUUCCGAACUAAUGGACAAAAUCAAUCAAUUGGAAGUGGAGAAUACCAUACUCAAGGCUAAUAUGUCACAGGAAACAUUACAACAGCUGCAAAUGCAAACACAAUUGCAAAUUGCCGGUUCGACAGCAACCAAUGGUAGUAAUAUGUUAACGGCAGCACCCACACCAGCUGCCAUAACAGCAGCACCACCAACAGCGGCCAACAAUGUGACAGGCAAUACAGUAACAUCAGCAGCAACAGCAGCGGCAGCAACACCCCAGUCAAAUGUAGGAAGUGGUACAGCAACACCUACCACUCAACAAGCAACAGUACAAACAGAACAAAAUGUUGAUGUUAUACAACAGAAUCUAAAUGCUGUUAAUAAUGAAGAUACUACAACACAGGGUUCAGCGGUACAGGCCACAAAUGGACCCAUGUCUUAAAUGUCUAAACAGAAAAAAAAUGUUUGUCGUUUAGCUCAGAGUCUUAGCUGCAACACGAGUAUGUUGUUUGUGUUUGUUACUACUACUCUCUCACUCUCUCUCUCUCACACACACUCUCAACAACCAACCAAAAUAUGAGUGUUAAAUUUUGUUUUAAAUAUAACAAAAUAUAAGAAAAGAGAAAAAAAACACUUAAGCAAAAAAAUUUACUACACACCUACACUCACUUUAUACUCACCCCUUUAAAAAAAGAAAAAGGAUAAUUAUAUUGCUGAUGCUGUUGAAUGUUGAAUGAAGUUGAAGGUGUCUAAACCAAGGAGUUUUAUUGUUUUUUUCAUUUAACAUAUCCUUUCCCCCUCAAAAAAAAGAAAACAACCUCUCAGCUUAAGCUUAAGAGUUUUCAAAAAAUGUUUAAACAAAAUUUUUAAUUGGCAAAAAGUGAUUGAGAGCCAACUCUUAAGAGUUUCUUUUGGCGGCUAAGUUGUUUAAAAGAAAAAAAAAAAACUCUUGUUGCUGUCCAAAGAAAAGCAACAUUUUUUUUAAUUUAUAAUGUGAUAUAAUUAAAUAGUCCUCCUGCCCUGAAAACAAAAACCACGCCCCCCUCCUAACACGCCCUUUAAAACCCUUAA